AGUCCUCUGUCUCUCUCAGCCAGUCUGUGGGACUAUAGCGACCACGACGGGAACGUUUAACUCAUCGCACCUUGUCCUGACUCACGUCUGAAGGGCGUGUCCUAAACUCUAUUCUUUUUUAUUCUCCCCAAUAUGUCCUAUCCAGCCAGGAAGAAGGACAAAAAGAAAGGGGGGCCUUAACGAGACGAACAAUGUUUAUCAGCAAAGCAGAAGGAGUCAUGGAGGGUCUGCCUUACGUCUCCUACUUCUUCGACGAAGAGUUCUUCGAAAAAUUGUUGAAGGACCUCCAGUCCAUGGUGACGCCCCCCCAGUCCCCCUCCAAGAAGACGGGCGGCGAUGACGACCAGCUGGACUACGUCUCAAAAGUCCUGCCGGACGACCACAGCAUGCAGCUCGACUGGAACUGCAGCGUCUACCGCGCUGACGGGGCGUCCGCCGCCAAGCCGCCGUCCCCCCUGGCGAGGAGCGGCGAGGACAAGCCGGCGUCCACCGUGCCGUCGGACAUCGACGUCGAGGGGCUGGACGACCAGAACCUGACGGCGACGCAUGAUUCCAGCGAGACCAUGUCGGCCAGUGGCGGCCAGCUGUCCCAGUACUUGUCCAGCGACUCAGACCAAGAGAUUGACGUUGUGACGCUGGGACAUUGCUCUUCACUCUCGGCCUGCCAGAUGAAGCAGCAGGAGGAGGAGGAGGAGGAGCAGCAGCAGCAGAGGAAGAAGAAGAAGGAGCAGCAACAGAGGGAAAAGGAGCAGCAGCAGAGGAAGAAGAAGGAGCAGCAGAGGAAGAAGAAGAAGAAGGAGCAGCAGAGGAGGAAGAAGGAGCAGCAGCAGAGGGAAAAGGAGCAGCAGCAGAGGAAGAAGAAGAAGAAGAAGGAGCAGCAGAGGAAGAAGAAGAAGGAGCAGCAGAGGGAAAAGGAGCAGCAGCAGAGGGAGGAGCAGCAGCAGAGGGAAAAGGAGCAGCAGCAGAGGGAGGAGCAGAGUGCUUUCCAGCUGUUAGUGAUCCAGCAGCAGCACAACUACGCUGCUCCUCUGCCCUCCAUGUCACCCUGCUCAUCCAACAAGGAUGUGUCGUGUCCCCCUCACAGCUCCUCCUCCUCCUCCUCAUCCUCCUCCUCCUCGCCGCCCACACGCCACCGCGACCAGCAGAGCUCGUCUCGGAGCUCCGCGGACUCGUCGUCGGAGGAGGAGGGGGAGGAUGAGCGGCGGUGGACGCACACCGUGUUGGAGCGCUGGCGGCGCAACGAGCAGAGGAGCAGCUUCGACAGACUGCGCGAGAAGGUGUGGGGGCCGUCCUCCAACGACAGGACGCCCAAGGUCGUGAUCCUGCAGAAGGCCACGAGCUGCAUCCACUGCCUGCAGAGGGACCACGCCAGGCUGCACGCCCGGAGGGGGAAACUUCAAGCCAGACACAAAGCGCUCAAAGACAGACUGCAGAAGCUCACAGGUGACGGCGCGCAGUGGGCGGGGCUUGUGAAACAGGAAACGGCCGAAGAAGGAGCACAGGAAACGGCCGAGGAAGGAGCACAGUGGGCGGGGCUUGUGAAACAGGAACUGGACAAUGACUGAGUGUAGACUGGACAUAGACGUCACACUGCAACAUCCACGCGUUUGAAUAGAUUGAAGUUGUCGCCAUAGCAACCAGUGAUCCUGCCAUCAGCUUCUUUGCUCCAGUAGAACCUCAAGAUGUUGAGUUCUUCUUGCUGCUCUAAGCUUUGAGGCGGAUGGUUGCCUCCCCGGUGACACCUUCAGGUUCUGCAGGGAGGAGCGCGUCACGUUGCUUCAUCAACUUGGCAAACGUGAGCCCAGGUGAGAAAUGUCACUUCCUGUUUGAGCGUCAACAGGAAGUGAAACUCGACACUUGUUUGUUUUGUUUUUUAUUCAUGAGUUGCAAACACCUUAUUUGCAUUGCGACAACAGCAGCAAGUUGUAGCAUUAAAGGGUGUGGCACGUAUUUGUUAAUGGUCGGGUUUAGCAGAGUGCAGGAGUUAGAUGUUCUCCAACUCUCCUCACCUAACCUUUCUAGCAAGGAGAUUGUAAGGGAUGAAGCAAAUUAAUGGUAUUUCCAGUAUGAAAGUUUCCUCAUAGGAGCCCAGCAGGCACGAGACAUAAUGAUACCACGUCGAUUAAACGUGCGUGUCCUUUAAAAUGACUUUGAAACAACGUUGCAAUAUAGUUGUGUUGGUAAAUUGACGUUGGAUCCACGUUGUUGGUUGGGAAAUGACCAAAAUUCAACGGUCAAUUUAACGUCAGAACUAGGGCUGCAACAACUAAACGAUUACAUCGAUUAAAAUCAAUUAUAAAAAUAGUUGGCGAUUAAUUUAGUCAUCGAUUUGUUGGAUCUAUGCUAUGCGCAGAAGCAAAUUUUUUUAUUUUUUUUAUUUUAAAUUUAUUUUUACAUUUUUUUUAAACCUUUAUUUAUAAACUGCAACAUGUACAAACAGCUGAGAAACAAUAAUCUAAAUAAGUAUGGUGCCAGUAUGCUGGUUUUUCCCCCCAAUAAAAUACUGGAAAGGAUAGAAAUGUAAUUUGUGUCUUUUAUCCGAUUAUAAAUCGAUUAAUCGAAGUAAUAAUCAACAGAUUAAUCGAUUAUCAAAUUAAUCGUUAGUUGCAGCCCUAGUCAGAACCCAACAUUGAUUAAUCGUCAUCAAUAGGCAUGUUUCAACGUUGUAUUUGUGUUGAAUAUUGGUUGGAAAAUGACCACAAUUCAAUGGUCAAAUCAACGUCAAAACCUAACAUUGAUUAAACGUUAAAAAGCAUGUUGUUUCAAUGUUGUAUUUGUGUUGAAUAUUGGUUGAGAAAUUACCACAAUUCAAUGGUCAAAUCAACGUCAGAACCCAACAUUGAUUAAACGUCGUCAAAAGGCAUGUUUCAACGUUGUAUUUGUGUUGUAGAAUAUUGGUUGGGAAAAUGACACAAAUUCAAUGUCAAAUCAACAUCAGAACCCAACAUUGAUUAAACGUCAAAAAGCAUGUUGUUUCAACGUUGUAUUUGUGUUGAAUAUUGGUUGGGAAAUGACCAAAAUUCAAUGGUCAAAUCAACGUCAGAACCCAACAUUGAUUAAUCGU